AGCGCCACACUGCAAAGCACUCAACAUUUUGUCGCCGACAGGGACGCGGGCGUCGUGCCAGUGCGUGGUGUAAUCUUUAUUUCUUUUUGUAUUAGUUAUUCGUUUGUAUAUAAACACAAUUGCUUGCUGAGCGUGUGGCUGUGUUCCUUUUUUUGUUGUUUUAGUUUUCAUUUGUUGCUUUCAUCAGCCACACCUAACGAAAUGUCAAAUACCAAUAACUGCAAAAGCUUGCCUCAUCAGUUAAUUCAGUUCGUCAAUUGCCGCUUAGUGCGUAAUCAUCAGCUGAUCGUCGAUGAUCUAUGGGUGCGAGAUGGCAGAAUCAUCAAUCCGGAGCCAGUUUUCUAUGAGGAGCGGGCGACGGCGCACCAACGCAUCGAUUGUUGCGGUGCGAUCAUAGCACCAGGCUACAUCGAUUUGCAAAUCAAUGGCGGCUAUGGUGUUGACUUCUCCUACGACAAGGACACUAUUGAGGAGGGCGUGCGCAAGGUUGCCACAGGUCUGAUACGCAGCGGCGUUACCUCAUUCUGUCCCACGCUCGUAACGUCACCCAAUGAUAGCUAUCAUACGAUAUUGCCGCAUAUACCACAGCGCAUCGAAGGCGGUGCCGGCAUUUUGGGCGUCCAUGCCGAAGGACCCUUCAUCAAUCCACAAAAGAAAGGCGCUCACCCAGCCAAUUGCAUUCAGACUAUUGACAAUGGCAUGGACACGUUGCGCUCGACGUACGGAUUGCUGGAACGCAUUAAGAUAAUAACGCUGGCACCUGAACAGGUGAGCGAUGCGAGCGUUAUCGAUGAGCUGGUAAAGGCAGGCAUUACCGUCUCCUUGGGCCACUCGAUGGCCACCUUGAGCGAUGGCGAACGAGCUGUUCGGCAUGGUGCGACCCUCAUUACGCACCUGUUCAAUGCGAUGCUGCCGUUUCAUCAUCGUGAUCCAGGAUUGGUGGGCUUGCUAACCUCCGAUCAGAUACCGGCUGGUCAUAUUGUCUACUUCGGCAUCAUUGCCGAUGGAGUGCAUACGCACUCGGCUGCCCUGCGCAUUGCCUAUCGAACGCAUCCGGACGGCUUGAUCCUGGUCACAGAUGCGAUUUCGGCACUUGGCCUGGAGGAUGGCGUCCAUCACAUUGGCCAGCUGCCGUUGGAGGUGAAGCAGGGUAAAGCUUUUAUCGCUGGCACCGACACGCUCUGUGGCAGCAUUGCGCCCAUGGACGAGUGUGUGCGCAUCUUCCAAAAGGCAACAGGCUGCUCUCAGGUGUUUGCCAUUGAGGCUGCCACAUUGCACCCGGCUCUUUGUUUGGGCAUUGAGCGUGAGAAGGGAACAUUGGACUUCGGUUCGGAUGCUGAUUUCAUAAUACUCAACGAUGAUUUACAGGUGCUGUCCACCUGGAUAGCGGGCGAGCGUGUUUACAAGUGCAGCAACUAAUGUAGCCCCGCCCACUUUACAAAAUUCUCUUUGUUGCUCAUUUUUCUUGUUUUGUUUUAUUUUCAAUUUUUUAUUUGGAUUAGAUGACGCUUUAAAUUGUUCUUUAAUAUUUAAUCAUUAAAUCAUUUGGUGUGGACAACUACGCUAAAUCCAUAUACAUGUACAAAUAAUAAGUAUUACGAAAAAAAAACACAUUUUAUAUUUAUAUAAAUA